AAAUCUUAUAAACGUACUAGAACACAUAUGUUCCUUUAUAACGUUCGCAACAUUGCAGGGUUGUGCUAAAUGCAUUGGACCGUUGAAAGGGAUUAAUGGAAAACAUGUACGUGAAGAAAUAUCCGAUCCAACGACUUUGUUUGUAUAUAUACGAAGUGUACAUAAUGGAUAAUGUGUUCAUGUAAGUAAGUAGUCAAAUAUUCGGUUUUAGAAUGUAUGUUCGUGUUUCGCAAGAAAAAAAUCAACUAUAAAAAGAUGAAAAAUUCAACUAAACAUGUAAUAUUGUCUUUACUUAAUAGUAAUUUUACUUCUUUGAAGUAAGUGUCCGUAUAUUUACUGUUGUUAAUAACUUGAGAAUCACUUGGAAUGUCAACCCACAUGGAGGUUUCUCAUAAAUUAAUCAUGUGCACGAACCUAUAAUUUUUUUUGUCAACUCACUAACCUAUAAUUAAACUCUUCAUAUUUGUUUAUAUAUUUUUUAGUGUGGUUUCUGAUCUAUUUUGUUUUAAAAAAAGGGUUUCUGAUCUAUUCCGUAGGUCUUUUGAGGAAAUACCAUCUUCCCAUCCUCACCGUAAAAAUCCUUCAAAUUUGUAUUAACGUCUUUGUGAAGAAUACACUAAUGAUUUUUUUCGAGAAACGAAACUUCCUAAAAUUAAGGAAAUGACUAGUAGUUAAAACACCCACAAUGGUGUUAUCUAAAAAAAUCCUUAGAAAAAAUGUAUUUUGAUUUUUUUAAGUAUUAUUUUUUUUUCAGAUAAAAAAAAUAUUAACCAAUAGUUAAUUAUCACAUAUCGUGGAGAUCCGCAAAUAAUACAAGAAUUCACUAAAAAAUAGUUUUUAUUUAGAGAUUUUAAAGAUUAAAUUUUUAGUUUUUACUGGAAUCAACUGAUUAUUUAAUUAUUUUUUUCCUAAAAACUCUUUCUUAGUAACCCCAUUGUAGAUGCUUUUAUACGUUUUCUGUAGAAAGUGUUUGCAAUUACUAUCUGAGGUGUAGCCGUGUAGGACCCUUGGAUUACACACAUAUAUCUAUGUAUUAUGAAAAUGUUUAUUUAUAUCAUUUGUGCUCCAUGAUUCGUAAUUGAUCCAAGUAAAUAGUAAACAUAUACCAAAGCACACAAAAAAUGGAAUUUAUGGAGAAUUCGGUAGGAGUCAAAGCAGGAAGUCUUAUAUUUUAUUUGGUUAGGAGUUGAGACCAAUUCUUCAUUUUAAAUUAAAGUUAGAAGAAUUAAUAAUUAGAUAUUCUCUAGCCUUUUUUUCAUGGGGUCCAUCAUUUUGUUUAAAAUGUCUCCAAAAGCUGGAAUUAAAAUGGUUGGUGUUAAAAUAUUAGUAGUUUUGAGAAGAGUGGAAUAAGUACUUUAGUAUAUAAUUUUUGUCAACAUCUUUGUAUUUGCUUAAAAGUAUUAUAUGAGAAUACGGAAAAUUUUUAAAACUCUUUGAAAACCCAAUCAUUGUGCUAUUUUACUGUCAACGUUAAAUUUGGUUGGAUCUAAAAGGUAAAAGUACCAAUAUUACCCCUUUAUUUGUAAGAAAUUCAUAUGCUUCAAAUAAUGUAAGAAAUUAAAUUAACUCUUAUUUACGAAGAAACUUUAAAUUAUAUUAUUGACAAAAAAAAUUAUAUUAAAAAACAAAGGGUAAAUUGGUAAAAUGGAGAGUCCUAUAUCCGGGAUUUCGCAUUACACUGCCGACUUUCUUUUAAUUUUAAUUUUUAAUUUAAAAUUUGAAAAUUUACGCUCUACAAAUUACUUCUCUUUUUUUUUCUGUUCUCACGGUAUAGGCUACUUGUGUGUGUGUUCUGUCUCGUCAACAAAAAUGGUGAUUUGCUGUCUGAACAACGCCUUCGUCUCUCUCUCUCUUCUGAAUCUACUUUCUCGCUCCAAAAGUAGUUCUUAAACAAAAGAGAGACAAAUGGGAGAGAUAUCAAAUCCACUCAGAAGCAACUAAAGAACAAAAAGGUUGUUCAGACAGUAACACCACCAUUUGUUAAAAGAGUUUGGAGGGGGAGAAGAGUGAAGAAGAGCAGAUAAAACAAAGCAAUCGCCGCCAAUAACAGACAUUAGAGAAAGAGACAUUGUUGAUAGCGAAUUUGAAUCGGAAAGAGACCCCCAAAGAUCUCUCUUUUUUUUUUUUUUUUUUCCUUUACUUACCCACAGGUAAAGGCUGAUCCGAGUAUGACUUUACUUCAAAGUUCCCAUUUUGGAUUUGAAGAUCUCAUUUUUUUUUUCAUGAUCGGAACCAGAUCUGUUGUUGUGUUUUGUCAACUUUGUGGGGGUUUCUAUUAUUGUAAUGUGGACUCUUAAAGUUGAAUAUUGCUUCCUAUGCAUUUCACUCUUCUUGUUUUGAAUGGAUCCGUUUCUCUCUGCCCGCUUCAGUUUCCUCUAUAGCAUUUACGCUUCUGAUGCUGUCUUUACUUUUGCUUUUGUUGGGUAUGUUAAAGGGGAGGACUUGGUGAUUUUUUUUAUUGGCGAAAGAGGGAGAAGAUGAGACCAGCUAUACCUCUUGACUAUGCUCUCUUCCAACUCUCCCCAAAGCGGUCAAGAUGUGAAUUGUUUGUCUCUACUGCUGGGAAUACUGAGAAGAUUGCUUCUGGACUGGUGAAACCUUUUGUUGCUCAUUUGAAAGUCGCUGAAGAGCAGGUCGCCCGGGAAGCUCAGUCUAUAAGGUUACAAGUUGAGAGCAGCAAAAAUGCUGGAACUUGGUUUACUAAAGCGACGCUCGAGAGGUUUGUACGCUUUGUUAGUACCCCAGAGGUUCUUGAAUUGGUUAGCGCUUUGGAUGAGGAAAUGUCUCAGUUAGAGGCUGCCCGGAAAAUAUAUGGCGAGGGGACUGGUGAUCACCGACCUGGUGCAAAAGAUGGCACGGAAACUACACCAGCAGCUGAUGUGACAAAGAAGGAGCUACUGAGAGCUAUUGAUUUACGGCUUGCAGCAGUUAGACAGGACUUAGAAACGGCUUGUAAUCGUGCUUCUGCUGCUGGUUUCAACCCAGUCACUGUCCCCGAACUUACUCAAUUUGCUGAUCGAUUUGGAGCCAGUCGCUUGAAUGACGCAUGCACCAAGUUUAUAGCAGUUUGCCAGAGAAGACCAGAGCUUAUGAGCUCUUGGAGGAGGUUCAAUCAGGAACAAGAAGCUAUACGUUCAUCAUGGGAAUCUGAUAUGUCAAUUGAUGAUCCCAGUGAAGACCCAUCCAAAAACCUGGCAACUGGUAUGGAAGAGAGAAGUGUAACAGCAACCAGAUACUCCCAACAAGAAGCAAAGGUGAUGCCACAAAGUAGUCAUGGUGAAAAGGAUGAAGAAGAGGAAAAAACUCCUGUGCAAAAUGAGCCAUUAGCAAGUCAAACUAGGCAACUAACGAGACGGCUCAGUGUGCAGGAGAGGAUCAGCCUUUUUGAAAACAAGCAGAAAGAAAACUCUGGAGGGAAAACAGCUGUGGUGGUGAAACCCACUGAUCUGAAAAGGCUCUCUUCUGAUUUAUCAUCUUCCGCAGGGGUGGAAAAAGCUGUGGUACGGAGAUGGAGUGGUGCUAGUGACAUGAGCAUUGAUUUGGGGAAUGAUAGGAAGGAUGGGGCUGGUGAUAGUCCCUCGUCGUCAUCAGUGUCCAAAGAUGGAAGUGGUAUAUCUUCUAAACAAUCUGUUGGCUACAAUAAGAGAGAACAGAACGGAUUGAGUCAUGUUGAGAAUCCUCAUAGGAAUGAAGAUGAAUGUAGUUCCAACAGUACUGGUGACAUGGGAACGGAUAAAGUAGAGUCCCAUAAAUCAAGCUCUCCUUUCUUACGGAAAGACAAGGAGGUAGACUUGAAGGUGCCUUUGGAUUACUCAAGGAAUGCAAAUAUAGAUGAUGAGUCCAAUAACAAAGAUUUUGAAUCAGAUAAGCAGGAUCAAAUACAGACUAGGGAUCCUCGGAGUCAUUCAUUGUCUACACUACAGCAGUUAAGUGGUACUGAAUCUAAUCUCACUAGUGUUCGGAGCAAUGGAGGAACUGCGGAGUCUCCUAGGAGAGAACCUUCAGCAACUAGGCAAUCACCACCAGUUGAGGAUCGCCAGAGAAAGACACAAGUCUAUGGAGGUACUGAACAGAUGAGAAGACCACAUGGUAGAAGGGCUGAAACUGGUUCUGCCGAUGUAAAUAAAAAGCCACCUUCAGCCAUUAAUAUUAGUGUGUCAGACAUCUCAGAGAGUGAUACUUUGAACCAAAUGUCCAGUGCAGAGCAAGUUCAAAGGGCUAGAGCCUCUAAGGGAAGUCAAGAGCUGAAUGAUGAAUUGAAAGUGAAAGCAAACGAGCUUGAAAAGCUAUUUGCUGAACACAUGCUCCGUGUCCCCGGGGAUCAAUCCAGUUCUGUCCGUAGAGGCAAGCCUGUAAAGCCUAGUGAACAAGCUGUGACGUCACAGCUCAGAAGACCUGUAGCAGAGGAUCUAAUCACAAGUUCAAAUGAUGAAGACAAGUUCAAAACUCCACCAACUGUGAAGGCGGUUGCUAACAGUGACUAUGGAGAUACCACAAGGCAAAAAUUUCCAGAAAUCAGCUUUUCAGAUAGCUCUAGAGGAAAGUUCUAUGAGGAGUAUAUGCAGAAGAGAGACGCGAAGCUGAAGGAAGACUGGAGUUCAAGAAGGAGCGAGAAGGAAGCCAAGUUGAAGAUGAUGCAAGAUAUACUUGAUCGCAGUAACGCUGAGAUGAAAACUAAAUUUUCUCAGUCUACUGCAAGACGUGACUCAGAUGCUCGACGUGCAGAGAAGCUUGUGUACUUCAAUUCUAGGCUGAGUGCUAGAAAGGAUCAGCAUCCAAUUAGCUCAUUCCAGAGUGAAGAAGAGGAAGAUGUUUCCAGGAGCACACAGAAUAAGAAGCUACAACAAACCAAAAACAGUUCUCGAACCAUUACUACAUCAGCUUCACGCUCUGCAGCCAAAGUUUCUACACCCAGUUCUGCUAGGCGGAGAGGACAAGACAAGCUUCUUGCACAGUCAGUCCCAAACUUCGCCGAGUUCAAGAAGGAAGGCAUGAAACAACCAUCCUCAGGAGUUGGGAGAAACGGCGUCCGCUCACAGGCGAGAAGCUCUGUGAGACCGAAGACUGUAGUAAUAACUGAAGAAGAGAAGCUGAGAAGGCCGACAAAUUUCAGAAAAGUUGCUGCUGAAGCAGCUGCUCCAGAGGAUGAUGGUGUUUCUGUACCUUUGAAUCUUGAGCAAGAGCAUAGCGGGAGAAAGGCUUCAGAAGGAUCCGAUGCAUCAGAUGAAAUGGAGAAAGAGGUGGAAGAUGUGCUUGGUGAUGACACAGAAGCUGAAGCUUUUACUGACGCAGAAAACGAGAAGUCAAGACUUAGUCAAGACUUUGACGAUGGUGAAUCUAUAGCUUCUCAGCUUGACCCUGGUUCAAACGCUGAGUUACCUGCUGUUUUAGCUUCUAGGCAUCAUCACCAAACCAUCGGUUCGUUUCUGGAUGCACGAGUGAAGCAGCAUCAGUAUCAAAACGAGGCAUCUGAGCUUGAUGCUUCAGUGGACUCUCCAGUGGACAGUCCUACUUUCUGGAGCCUUAGCCACACAGAGAAUGAUACAACUCAAAUGAGAAAGAAAUGGGGAGCUGCUGAGAAUAAACAAGAUGUGACGAAAGGGUUGAAAAGGCUUUUGAACUUUGGAAGGAAGAACCGUGCGGCUGAGAAUUUGGCUGACUGGAUAUCUGCUACGACCUCUGAAGGGGAUGAUGAUACUGAAGAUGGACGUGAUCUUGCGUAUAGAUCAUCAGAAGACUUGAGAAAAUCGAGAUUCUUACAAACUCAGCCCUCUGAUGAUAGUUUCAACGAGAGUGAGCUAUUCAAUGAACAAGCCCGAACCACUAGCGCACCAUUGAGCUUUAAACUGAAGGAAGAUCAGAUGUCUGGAGCUUCUGUAAAAGCACCAAGGUCAUUCUUUUCACUCUCCAAUUUUCGUAGCAAAGGGAAAUGAUUUGAAAAGAUAAAAGGAUUCUACAUGCUUCUUUGUUUCCUGGUCAAUGUAUCAUUGAGAAUAGUUUCUCUUGUAUUCAAUAUCAUCCUCUGUAUACUCUGUGAUAGUGGUUUUGAGCCUACUACAUUUGUAAAUUGUAUCAAACCUGAAAACAUGUUCUUGUCGGUUUGGUAUCAAUGUGAUUUUGGUGGUACAAACAAAAAUAAAAGGUUGGUAAUGGUACAACAAAAUCAAUAAAUGAAGUUGGUAAUAA